AAGGUGGAUUUAAAGUUACCACUAUCCAGCUGAUAUUUUUAGGCGCAAAAAGCAACUAACAUCUUCAAGAUGGCGAAGCAAGAGCCCCCGACGACUUCUGUGUCCUCCAGGACAACGAAGCAGCAGGGCUGGGUGCAGUGGACCGACCGCGGAAAGAUGUACUUGUCUCGGCACGAAAAGAACGUUUUUGUUCUGGAGGGCACGACCAGCAGCGGGUUUGCCGCCUGCAAGUACACGGGCUCCCCCGAGGAAGAGGAACUGAUGUCCGUCCGCGGACUAUCCUGAGUAAAAACGUCUCCACACCAGAGUCAAGAUGGGAAUCUAGCAACACAAAUCACCGAGUUUUGGGAGCUGUGCAUGACAAGUUCUUUCCCUCUGCAGUGUAGUGCUGAUUGGCAAGAUAAGCCGCAUCAGAAAGCCAUUUUAACAUCCUGUUUACAGCAUUACAAAUUCCAAAAACACGAUUGGAAAUUCGAAUUCCUCUCAUGGAGCUGCGCAUUACUUACAAAUUGUCCUGUCAUUGCCCAGUUGCAUGACAACUCUGGGGUGGGAACGUUUCUGCUCAGGAUACGGACCCUCAUCGCAGGUCGUGGACCAGCAGGGGCGAAGCGUUGGCCCCUGCUACUCGGUUUUGGUGGAGCUGAAGUCGAACCCGAGUUGUACUACAACAAGUGCAGGGGUGACAACGAGCACUAGCUCUGCCAGUUCCACCAGUUCUCUGCCCGGAAGCGGCGGUGGGAACGCGGCCUCGGGCGACGAGAUUUUUGUCCUCCUCGACGCGCUGGAUGCGUCGGACUUAAGUAGUGGCUGCGACUUCUGCGCAGUAAAACUUGGCUUCCAGUCCCGGGAGAUUCGAGUAGAGAACCGGAGGAAGACGCACACGCAGACUCUGUUCGUGCUCCCGAACGUGCUCAUGCUCAGGACGAAUACGUACCUCACCCUGCGUGUGGACAUCGCCGGCGACCGCAUUUGCGCGCUAGUGUUGAACGGUGUCACGCUGGUCCAGAACCUGACCAUGGGUCGCAACCUGAUCGCGAAUACCACCGGAGCCUUGGGCGUCGCGACCUAUGGCCGCAGUAGGGUAUUCCUAAAACGCUUCAAGGUGGAGAAAUUUCAGCCGACUGCGGCGAGUUUUAUCAGCUCUACUUGUGCUGCGCCAGAGAUGAAUAACAACACGGUAGUACAGUUGUCUACCACGCCGAAAAACGCAAAUUACGCCGGGGCCUCCUCCCACAACACCACACCGUCGCUCCAAGUUGUCCCCGCGCCGAUGCAAGGGACUGCAGCUCGUGGAACCAACAUGAUGGCCGCCGCCCCAUCUACUUCCGUAGCUGCCCAGUACGGCGUUUUUCCCAGCUCCCCAGAUAACAAGCCGCUCGGCAUGGGACCUGCUGGUACGAACGGCGGGGCUGCACAUCAGGGGCCCUUGAAUAUCCUCCAGGAGGAACUGGACCUGCACCAGACGAUCGAGCGAGAUUUACUGUUGAAUCCAAACACCUCGCAGAACUUACUCAACUUCGACGACAUUGGCGGAUUGGAGAUGGCUAUAUGGAUUGCAAAAAUGUCUGGGUCUGGAAGGAUGUAACUUGUGAUGCGCAUUUCAGAACACACAAAAAUCUCUGAUGCAUAGGCAGCAAAAGCUGCUCACUUUCUGUCGCCAAAGUGAGGGAUUUGUCAUGCGGAUUCACCAUUGCGGAAGCUCCUCGAAACCUGUAAUGCUAGAGCUUCCAUGCCAGACCUUCUGUGUCAUGCAGGAACAGCAUGACUCUUCCAGUAUAGCCUGCUCAGCUGUUACAAUCUCAACUGUUACAAUAGAAUUUCACAUUUUUGAUCAAAAAAAUAGCUAUUUAAAAACUAAAUAGAAAAGUAGUUAAUUGUUAAUGAAAAAUUUGCAAAUUUCCAAAUUUUUUCGUCUCCGCCGAAGCUGUCGACUUGGCCGUCUGCGACGUCUGCAACCUCCGCGAUUAUGCUGGGAAAACUUGCUUCCAACCUCACCAAAAGUUAACAAGACAAGAUGAAAAUGCAUGACCAAAACCACCUGCGAUUCGUCGCAGAUGGUCUAGCAAAGAAUGCGAGAAGUGAUUGACUUUCGGUGAGGUGGGCAGCAAGUUUCAUUUGCCAAUACUAUUGACAAACCGGUUGCUGACCAGGCUGUUUCCUCGUGGCUGCGUCUAGACGCAGCCACGAGGAAACAGCCUGGUCAGCAACCGGUUCUUCAAUACUAUUGGCAAAUGAAACUUGCCUCCCACACCAUCAAAAGUCAACCAGUCCUCAUAUUCUUUCGUAGACCAUCUGCGACAUAUCGCAGAUGGUCUUGGUCAUGCAUUUUCAUCUUCUCAUGUUGACUUUUGGUGAGGUUGGAAGCAAGUUUUGGUAUCAUAAUCGCGGCGGCUCCAGUCGUCGCAGACGGCCAAAUCGACAGUUUCGGCGGAGACGAAAAAUUUCGAAAUUUACAAAUUUUUCAUUAAGAAUUAAUUAACUUUCUAUUUAGUUUUUAAAUAGCUAUUUUUUUCAUGAAAAAUGUGAAAUUCUAUUGUAACAGUUGAGAUUGUAACAGCUGAGCAGGCUAUAUCCAGACCCAGACACUUUUACAUUUCAUAGGCCAAAACCGCGAUCAACGAAGCGGUCGUUCUCCCUCUCCUUGUGUAUCCUGUGUAAAAACGUCCCCACCCCAGUGUUGUCAUGCAGAUCUGCAUCUACAGAAACAUUUUUUUUUUUUCGUAGCCAUUUUGGCUCAAGUGUACUACUAGUGCAGGGCCGUAGUUCCCGCCAGCCUCCCGCAUAGUGAGGAGGUGGCGAGGAGUCCCGAGCAGGCAGGCGCCGGGCCCAGUAGGCUUGCUUAGUGUUCCACGACCCUUGAUUGUUCUGCAACAGAAGGAAACUGGUGGCACAGGAUGAAGUUAGGCUGGAAUCAGGGGGCUCAAUAUGCAAAGGGGAUUGCCGGCCACCCUUAACCGGUAAGUUCCGACACGACUCCGGCUUAUGAUCCCAGUCCCCCCCCCCACCCUUUGCUUCUGUUGCAGAAUAAGUCAAGGAGUUGCACUAAGACCGCCACGCACAAACUAAACCUUUAAGUUGUCGCUGUGCCCCAGGUGGGUUGCCAGUCAGCAGUGACAAACAACUGGCCAAUGGUUUGACAACUACGGUCCGCGGCACUUGCCUUUUUCGCCGGUGCCGCAGGUAAGGCACAAAUGGUCCAGCCUCCCCUGUCUGGGCGGGGUUGCGGCUUAAGGGAGAGUCUCGCCCCUUAACCAAAGGGGUACGUCGUCUCUUCCGUGAGAACAAAAACUUAUGGCGUAAAAUGGGUCGGGUCCUGGAUCGUUCUGUAUGUUGGGCUGUCGCGCUCGGCUAGCUGGCCGGGCUGUACUGAUCAGGUGUGGUGGGUAGCUCCCGACUGGUUGGUACUUUUAUUGGGGCGACUUGCCGUGGUAGCGCUCGGCUUUUGUAUGAUGAGGUCGCCGAAAGUGCCUCCUCGCCCACCCCCCCGGGGAGGGGAUCCUUGACCUGUGGCGCUGGGAGCGGGUGUCCACUACAUGAUGAUGAUGAAUGCGGGUCCCCAUGAGAGGCAUUUCUAGUCGUGUUUUGGAAUUUGUAAUGCUGGAAACAGGAUAAGCAGAUGGAUUUUUGAUGUAUUUGUCCUUACGAAGCUGCACUACACUACGGACUGCAACUUGUCAUGCGUGGCGCCCAAAACUUCUAGAUUUGUGCUGCUAAGUUCCCAAUUUGACGAUGGGGUGGGGACAGUUUUACACAGGAUAUUGUGCCCGAGUUUUUCACGGGCAUCCGCAAACCCUGCCGUGGGGUUUUGCUGUACGGACCGCCGGGGACAGGAAAAACGAUGUAUCAAAUGCAAAUAUGUCUGGGUCUGGAAAGAAUGGGAUUUGUGAUGCUACUCUUCUAUGCUGCAAAACCCUGCGUUGCAUGAGCAGCAAAAGGCGCUUGAAAUUUUGCCACUCGAAGCGGGCAUUUCUCAUGCAGGAUAGGCAUGAGCAAGCCUUCGCGAAACGUGUGAUGCUAGAGCAUGCAUUACAGGCAACGCGGGUCAUGUACAACUGUGCAUGACAAACUCCUCCAAUCUUUUAGACCCAGACAUAUUUGCACUUGAUACGAUGCUGGCGAAGGCGAUUGCCUCGACCGCGACGUAUCCUGUGCAAAAGUAUCGUACUCGUAUUGCAGUCAUGCAUUACAAAUCUCCUUCUUAAGGUAAAUCUGCAUCACAAAUUUUAUUUCUGUUGCUGAGGAAAUUUGUAAUGCAUUUAUACGAGUACUACGAUACUUCUGCAAAGCAUACCUCGCUAUGUAUUGCAAAUAUGUGUGGGUCUGGAAGAUUGCCAGAUUUGUCAUCCUUGUCUGACAUGACUCGGGGCUCUGUCAUGCGUAAGUGCAAAAUGAUCGUUUUGUCUGUGAUGCAAAAGCGCAGUGUGCCAUGCGGAAUACGCUACUUACACAUAGCAGCUCAAGAACUUGUCAUGCUUGGCCACGUAUGUUGACAGUGCGCCCAGUACUAUUCCGUGGUUUGCAUCACAAGUUUCCAGACCCAGACAUGUUUGCAUUUGAUAGACGGAGUCCGUCGCGUUCUUCAAUUGCAGCUGCGCGACGUGUAUCCUGUGCAAAAGUAUCUGAUACUCGUAUUGCAAUCUUGCAUUACAAAUCUUUUUCUGAAAGAUAAAUCCGCAUUACAAAUUUUAUUUCUCAUGCUCAGGAAAUUUGUAUAUGCAUUUAUACGAGUACUAUAGUUUUGCAGUUCAUAACGCUGACGAGCAAGUGGCGCGGCGAGUCGGAGAAGUUGUUGCGAGCUUUGUUGUAUCCUGUGCAAAAGUAUCGUACUCGUAUGGCAAUCAUGCAUUACAAAUCUUUUUUUUAAGGUAAAUUCGCAUUACAAAUUUUACUUCUCACGCUGAGGAAAUUUGUAAUGCAUUUAUACGAAUACGAUACUUUUGCAAUGCAUAUGUUCAACAUGGCGCGGGCGCGGCAUCCGUCCAUUUUGUUUUUCGAUGAGGUGGAUUCGCUACUGUCCGCACGCGGCUCGCACGCGGAACACGAGGCGUCGAGGCGGUUUAAGUCGGAGUUCCUGAUCCACAUGGACGGGCUAUUGGCCGACGGCAGGGACGAAAACCGAACUCCGCUCGUGCUCUGCACCAUAUGGGAUUCUCAAACGUUACAUCCUCAACUGUUACAUGAAUUUGUAAUGCAAGAAUGGCAAAAGUGAAAGGAGGAAGAUUGCGCAUUACAGACUUCUUAGAGCGGAUUCUGUUGCUAUUUAGCGCGUCGAGAAGUUGUCACGAGAAGAAGGCGCAAUCGUGUAAAAAGUCAAAGUGGCAGCGUUUUUGCAUGACAAGUCAGGUAACAGUUGAGAAUGUACCGCUUGAGAGCCCCAUACACAAGUAACGCGCCCUGGGAUCUGGAUGACGCGCUGAAAAGGAGGUGCUUACUUACGUACAACUCUUAGUACAGUCAGUAAGUACUUUAAAGACAUAUAUGCAGCUUUUUGUUCUUCAUCAUCGGAUGAGAUUCAGAACUUGUAAUGCGUUCCUGCGAACGCGACCGGAAAAAUAAUCCAGGGUGUCAAUAAAUCUAUGUGACACAUAAAUCUAUGCUUUAUCAGGUUAGUACCUGACGAAAAAUCAGUCUCAGUCUCAGACGCUUGCAGUCUCAGCAACACAAAUUUGCUCAGCAUGACACGGACAGCCUUUGAUGCGUCAGACACAAAGGAAAACGCCUAUCAAAGACGACUUUCUUGCAUGUCGAGCAUGACAAAAAACUGUCUCAAGGGAGUUGCGCAUUACAAGCUGCGGCUGAGACAGUUUUUUCCGGGGAUAGUAGGAGAAGCGGAUUUACAUCGCGCUGCCGGACGAGAAAUUAUCCUGUGCAAA